CAUCACCUUAUACACCCUUUCAUUACCUCAUCCAUCACCUUAUACACCCUUUCAUUACCUCAUCCAUCUUUCCAUCACUUCAUACCACUUGCAAACUUGCAAACCGAUUGGUAGAAUUGCAAACCUCCCCGCAAACCUACACUUUGCCCAACGUUUCUCUCAAAAUCUGCACCCCUCCUCUUAUCACACCCUCCAACUGUCAAUUAUACGGCAGCUAAUCCUGACUUUGAUUUUACUUACCAACUUAUAACCCUCUGUACGCCUCCUUUGCAAUGUCCAACCGCCCAACUUCUUCCAUUGUGGAGCAGCUCACGUCACCCAACACGUCGCCACCCAGCCGCAUAACCAACGAGGAUAACAUUGCAACCGUAACAGUAGACUUUUCCGGCUAUCAGAAUGCAGAAAACUCGGUUGUACCCCACUUCAACGACAAGUACACAGAACAGCCGACCACACCGGUCUUUGGCUCGUUCCCCCAAGGCCGUCAGGCGUCCGUGAUUGCGUCGCCCACCACCACCACCGCCACCAGUCCCGAUCCCGUGCGAAUGAGCAACUUGGGCGGUGUUCCAGACAACUACCGGGGGUUCCACGCCAAGCCACAUAUCACUGACACGUUCCAGAAGUUACCACCGAAGAAGCGCAGCUCCAUCUUGAGCAAGUUCCUUUAUGCCCGCAAAGACUCGGAAGCGGGCCCCAUUGAAAAUACUAGCAGUAACACCGGCAUCAACGACCCGAACCAGUUGAAACCCAGCGCCGUAUCGUCCAUUGCCAAGCGCUUGUCCAAGGCGCGGCACCUUUCGCUAGCCGAGGUACUGAGCCACUCAAUGGACGGCGCCAAAGGCCCCAGACAUGCGUCCAUCGGGCCGUUGAACGUGAACCGUGCGCAGCUGCAGGGGUUUUUACAGCCGGCUGCCCUGGAAAAGGCGAGGCCCGAGCUCUCGCACAAGCCCAAGUCGCUGCCCCUGUCCACACGCGAGGGUACGCCCACUCUCACAGACACCGGGUCACUGCAUGUGUUCCAGCUCGACACCAAUUUGAGCGAAAUGGCGGGUAUUGUCGGACCACCCGGGUCCAUCCCACGUGCGCCGAGUAGCGACUUCAAUCACCUCCGUAGCGAGGAUAACACCGCGGCGUUCCGCGUGAGUGCGCGCCACGGGUCCAAGGUGGAGGAGCUUGUUGUGGCGGAGCCGCAGUCGUCCGCCACGUUGUUAGCGAGCGGCUGGCUGGCGCCAGAAAGCUGGGACGUAAAGGCGGGCCUUGAUGGCGACAAGAGCCCUGCGAUACGCAAGGACAGUGCCACCAGCACCGGCUCCAGCGACUCGCAGACCCUUCAGUUCGACAGCCGGCGGCACGGGUCUUUCUCAUCGGCGCUCGGACCGUAUCUCGACGCGCCGGUGCAAGUUGUCUUCGGUAACCGACGCGCUAUCACGCCGACGUCGCCCACCACUGUAAACGGAGGGCCAUCCAUGACCAUGAGCCCGAUGGAUCUUCCAUUCAACCAGCUGCGCAAAAACUCGGACGUGCCGUCUCUGGGCUCCGAGAGCGGUCCUGGCAGUCGCAGGGGUGGCAGUGUCAGCAGCGCCACACCGUCGCAGUCUAUCACCAAGAAGAUCCCGACCGCCAGUACGGGCCAUGUGGCCACCUCCACCAAGAAACUCUCUCAGGUAGGGAACUACAUCAUUCGCGUGUUCCGUGAGGACAAUACGUUUGCCACUCUCUUGUGUUCGUUUGAUACGUGUGAGGCCGAGUUGUUGGCCAUGGCUGGGCGUAAGUUCUUCAUUCCGGAUAUUUCCAACUACUUGAUCGGGCUUCGCAUCGGGCGGCUCACCAAGGUGUUGGACCCCAACUCGCGUCCCGUCACCAUCCAGUCGCAGUUGCUACUCUUGUCGGGUUACUCAGAGCGCGACAACUUGCGCAUCAUUGGCCGGGAGGACUUAUCCUUUUUGUACAAGUUUGUGUUGGUGAAAAACGAGUUGCGCAAAUUGACGGACGAAGAGCACGACGUCAUCCGGCGUGAUCCCCUGUACGUAAACCUCCGCAACAUGAACCUUAAAACCAUCCCCAUCGUCUUGUACGACCACGCGUUCGAGCUCGAGUCUUUGGACGUGUCCAACAACGCCUCUAUGACCAUUCCCUUGGACUUCCUCCAGACCUGUGACAAGCUCAAGUCCGUGUCGUUCGUCAAUAAUCGCGCCGCCACGUUCCCCACCAACUUGCUCGAGAUCCGCACGCUCGCGCGCUUGGACUUGGAGCGCAACUUCAUACGCGAGGUGCCCGAGCGCAUCCACCUUCUCUCGUCGUUGACCACGCUCGAGCUCAAGUGUAACCGGUUGAGCGCCUUGCCGGACUCCAUUGCGCAGUUAAAGAACCUCAAGACGUUGAACUUGUCUUCUAACAAUUUCAGCGUAUUCCCCGAGCCGAUCACCAAACUCCCCAAACUCUUGCAGUUGGACUUGUCCUACAACUCGCUCACCCACUUGCCGGAUUCCAUUGCCGGGUUGACCAAGUUGGAGAAGUUAGAUCUCUCCACCAACAGUUUGAGCCACGGCUUGCCCCUGGCAUUCAAAAGCUUGGUCUCAUUACAGAGCUUGAACAUCAAGUACAACAAGUUGAGCAACAUCGACGUGUUGGGCUCGUUGCCCAAGUUGGAGGUCUUGUAUAGCACCAAAAACAAGGUCAGUCAGUUCUCCGAUCGUAUGGACAAGCUUCGGAUGUUCCAUCUCGACCGCAACCCCAUCACCGACCUCCAGUUUGAGAACGUGUUGCCAUCAUUGGCCGUCUUGAACUUGUCUGGCGCCAAGAUCACGUCGUUGCCGGUUGAGUUCAUUGCCAAGAUUCCCAACAUUGAAAAAUUGGUGUUGGACAAGAACCAUUUGGUCAGCAUGCCGUCGGAGAUUGGCCGGUUGUCCAAGUUGGUGUACCUCUCAUGCUACGCUAACAACUUGGAGUCCAUCCCGGCGGAGAUCGGCGGCUUGACUUCGCUCCAGUACUUGGACUUGCACUCCAAUAACCUCCAGGCGUUGCCCGAGAGCAUCUGGCAGUUGUCCUCGUUGUACAUUCUCAAUCUCUCCUCCAACUCUUUGGACUCGUUCCCGAGACCGACACCGGUGAUGGGCCGCGCCCACUCUGCCGUAUCCCUAGCCCAAAUGAAGGCUUCGUUCAGCGACUUGUCGGCCCGCAGGCUGUCGGACUGGUCGCAGUCGUCCACCUUAGCGGGCCCGAACAGUAGCAGACGGAACUCAGCAGCAGCUCCUCUUACCGCUCUCAGCAAGAAAAAGGGCAGCAUAUCAUCCGCCAGUGAUGAGCGGUCGUCCUGGACGAACGACCAGCAACAGACCCUUGCUGAGUCGUUACUCGUGCUCAAGAUGGGUGACAACAACUUGUCAGAUGAAAUUUUUGAGAGUGUCUCGCUCUUGACCGAGUUGAAGACGUUGGAUUUGUCGUACAAUGAGCUUAUCGAGAUUCCGAACGGCGCCCUCCGCCGCAUGAGCAAGCUCACUAACUUGUAUCUCUCCGGGAACGAGCUUGCGAGUCUCCCGGCCGACGACUUUGAAUACUUGAAGGCGUUAAAGACCUUGCACUUGAAUGGGAACAAGCUUCACGCUCUCCCGGCCGAACUCGGUAAGAUCAAGCACUUGCAGGUGCUUGACGUGGGGUCCAACCACUUGAAGUACAACAUUUCCAACUGGCCGUACGACUGGAAUUGGCACUGGAACUUGGAUCUCAAGUAUUUGAACUUUUCCGGUAACAAGCGGUUGGAAAUCCGCCAGAGCCAUCUGAAUUCCAGAUACGGCGAGAGCAACGAGAACUUGGACGACUUUACAGUGUUGAAGAAGCUCCGGAUUUUGGGGUUGGUUGACGUCACCGUCACCACUCCCUUGGUUCCCGACGAGAGUUAUGACCUUCGUGUGCGUACAACAGCGACAGAGUUCGGUAACAUUGGUUACGGGAUUGCGGACACUCUUGGUUCCAGGGACAAUGUCUCUACCCGUGACCUCUUGAUUGAGAGGUUCAGAGGUAAUGACGAUGAAAUCUUGGUUGCGAUCUACGACGGUAAGAACGACAGUCCGAAAUCUGGUCACAAGAUCGCUAAGCUCAUCCAGGAAACGUUCUCCACGAUCUUGGCCGAUGAAUUAGGUAAGGUCAAGAGCACUGAGACCAUCCCCGAUGGUAUUCGCCGUGCCUUCUUGAGAACUAACAAGGAGAUUAACACAUUGGUGAUGCUGAGGUCCGAGGAUGGGUUUGUCAACUCGGUGCUCGCCCACCAAUCCUCCACCUCCACUGUUAUCGAUGAAAAGGACGUGUUUACCGGCUGCUGUAUGACGGUUGCGUUCAUUAAAGACAAAAAGCUUUAUACUGCCAAUAUCGGUGACACCAUGGCGUUGCUCGCCCGAGGUAAUGGUGAAUACGUGACCUUGGCCGUGAAACACGACCCCACUAAGCGCCACGAGUUUGAGAGGAUCAGAGCCGGGGGUGGAUAUGUAUCCAGUAACGGUAUGGUGGACGGUGUGGUGGAUGUGUCCCGGGCGAUUGGCUUUGUUGACUUGUUGCCGCAUAUCCAUGCUGGCCCUGACAUCAGUGAGGUGGACAUCACAUAUACCGACGAGUCGAUUAUCAUUGCCACCAAGAGCUUGUGGGACCAUAUUGCGUACGAAGUGGCUGUGGAUAUCAUCCGGAGAGAGAAGGAUGCCAUGCUCGCGGCUCAAAAGUUGAGAGAUUACGCCAUUUCCUACGGUUCAAACGAAAAGAUUACCGUUAUUGUGAUUUCUUUGGGGAAGCAGAAGACCAAGUCCUCGUUAAGUGCAAUUUCCUCUACGUUCAACGAAGAGGAGCUUUUGAUGACCAAGAAGAGAAGGGACAGAUCCGUGUUCCCAGAGGACUCCACCCUCAGACGGUUAGAGGAGGAGAUUCCGCCGCCGAUGGGCGAACUCGCAUUGGUGUUUACCGAUAUCAAGAACUCCACCACGUUAUGGGACACUGUUCCUAUCGCGAUGCGUUCUGCCAUCAAGAUCCACAAUAAGGUUAUGCGUCGUCAGUUGCGGAUUGUGGGUGGGUACGAAGUAAAAACCGAGGGUGACGCGUUUAUGGUUUCCUUCCCGACCCCUUCCUCUGCCUUGUUGUGGUGUCUCAAUGUGCAGUUGCAGCUCUUGCGGGAGGACUGGCCGGCGGAGAUCUUGAGUUCCAGCGAGGGUCAUGAGGUGACUGACGCUGAAGGAAACGUGAUCUACAGAGGUAUAUCGGUGCGUAUGGGGGCCCAUUGGGGGUCUCCAGUGUGUGAGCGUGAUAUCAUCACUCGACGCAUGGACUACUUUGGCCCGAUGGUUAAUCGUGCGUCGCGUGUUUCUGCCACUGCCGACGGUGGGCAGAUUACCCUUAGUACAGACUUCUUUAACGAGUGGAAGAAGAUCUACGCCGCCCAUAAGAAGCUUGAAAAAGAGCACUUGUCAUACGGGGAGGCUUAUGGGGAUGACGCCUUUGGCGAGCUUCUUGACCGCGAAGCUGCGGCGAUCGAGACGAUUGGUUAUAAGUUUGAAGAGUUGGGAGAGAAAAAGUUGAAGGGGCUUGAAACACCCGAGUUUAUCCAUAUGAUCUAUCCCGAGAAGUUGAUAGGGCGGUUCUCAUUCAACGACGAUGAUCUCCAACAGAGUGUUAUUCAACGCAACAUGGAGGGAUUCUUCAACCCGGAGUUUACUAAUUCUUUACGUUCGACUUCGCUUCGUUUGGAAGCAAUAAGCGCGAGCAUCCAUGAUCCGUCGCAGGAAUACAAGAAGCAGAGUACUUUCAGUUCUUACACCAAUGAAGUCAUCAAGAAGCGGAUGCCCGGAAUUGACACCAUUACCUUCUUGAACCAUGUGAUUACCAGAAUCGAAAAUUCCGUCGCGUUGUUGCAGUUGCGCCAAUCAGUCAACCAGGCAAUGCAUGGGACUGGCUUACUCCAAGCGCCCAACUCCAGCAGUGAUGUGUUUGAUCUUGUUGACCAGCUUGGUGCUAUUUUACAGCUUGCCAACAAAGCAAACGUUUUGCCUGUUCCUAUUGGGAACCAACGAGAUAAAAAGGUGGAUGAACUAGACGAGUCUUAAAUAGCUCAAAAAAAAGUAUUUAUGUAACGGCUUGUAAGAUAGGGCUGUUAAACAUGGCCUGGUGAGAUAUUGGUAUCAUGCACUGAUUUCUGUCCGCGUGGAAGCAUGACUGAGCAAUGAGAGGUAUUUAGAAUCGUUUAUAUAACUAUUUUGAUCUGUGA